UGAUUUGGAGACAGAAGUCAGCAGCGUGAUGCAAACGAUUUAUUGCAGCGGGAGUACACGCGCACAUUUCAGCACAUUGGACAGCGCACGGCGCCGCAGAGGCGGUGCGUGGAUUCAACCGGUGGCUUUCGGCAGAGCAGCAGAGUGAGAGGAGUGUUUCACUCAUUGUUACACAAAAGAAAACAAGUCUUCUUGCUCCACAUGUGGGAUAGGUUGCUUUAUUUUUGGAGCACUUGGACUUGGGGGAAAGGGGUUGUCGCGCUUUCUAAUAAAGUCCGGCGUCGGAAGGCGUGCCGCUCGGUGAGCGUUUCACUCCACACACCGUGCCGACCAGCGUUGGAAUAGGUGCCGACGAGAGACCGUCCAUUUAUAAGGAUGCUGGUGGGAAAUGCCUGGAGACAGAGAUGACGAGAUUUGUCAAAAAGCACUCGAACUCCUGUCAGAUCUUUGCUCAAAGGGGGAAGUGCAGAAUGAAAACUGUCUGGAUUUUAUCUACUAUUUCCGAGAUCUGACCAGACCACGAUAUUCAGAUUCAGAUAUAUCAGUGAGUCUACUCUCACUGGUGGUUACUGCCUGUGGAUUGGCCCUAUUUGGGGUCUCCCUCUUUGUCUCGUGGAAACUCUGCUGGAUACCAUGGAGGGAGCGAGGACUUUCACCCACAACAAAGGAGGCUCAAGGGCACAUAAACCCCACCAUGAGCCCCCUGCCCACACAGCCUGCACCCAAACAUCCAGUUUACACUGCCGUAGACCCUCCGAUGCACAACCGCCGUAAGUCUUCGCAUUGUUCUGUCGCCAAAGAGCCUACACCCGUGGCCUCGGUUGUGUCAGUGGAGGCUCCCAUGACUCCUGUGUCACCUCCACCCGUGGCGAUAGCCACACCAGAGGCAGCUAUGAAGAUAAGCCACACAUCCCCAGACAUACCACUGGAUGCUCAGAGUAAAACUCGGGAAAAUGGAGUUCACACAAACCCUCGAAUGCAGAGGCAGACAACAGAACCAGCACCAGGACAAGAAAUGGGUCAAGGCUCCAUUCGCAGACAUAUGAACCUCUCUAACCCAGACUUCAAUGUGGCGCAGUUCCAAAGACAGGAUUCCCUUACUGGAAUGGGUCUUGGCCUUGGCCGCCUCAAACCCGAGCUGUACAAGCAGCGCUCGCUCGAGGGGGACGAGGGCAGUCGCAGAGGUGGGGGCUGUGGGCGUCUCCACUUUAUUCUUAAAUUUGACUGCGACUUGGAACAAUUAAUAGUUAAAAUCCACAAAGCAGAGGACCUCCCAGCCAAGGAUUUUUCUGGUACCUCUGACCCUUAUGUUAAGAUCUACCUGCUGCCUGAUCGGAAGACUAAACACCAGACCAAGGUGCACCGCAAGACGCUCAACCCCGUGUUUGACGAGGUCUUCCUGUUCCCUGUGGCCUACUCUGAGCUUCCCACACGAAAGCUGCAUUUCAGCAUCUACGACUUUGACCGCUUUUCACGCCAUGACAUCAUCGGUCAAGUAGUGGUAGACAACUUCCUGGAUCUGGCAGAUUUUCCCAGGGAGACAAAACUCUGCCGCGAAAUCCAGUAUGUCUCCUCGGAUAACGUGGACCUUGGGGAUUUGAUGUUCUCCCUCUGCUACUUGCCUACAGCAGGCCGAUUGACCAUAACUAUGAUACAGGCUCGCAAUCUUAAGGCCAUGGAUAUAACUGGCGCAUCGGAUCCGUAUGUGAAGGUUUCUCUGAUGUGUGAGGGUCGGAGACUGAAGAAAAGGAAGACAUCUACGAAAAGGAACACCUUGAAUCCAGUCUACAACGAGGCUAUUGUCUUUGAUGUCCUUCCAGAAAACAUUGAGCAGAUCAGCCUUUUAAUAGCAGUGAUGGACUAUGAUCGCGUGGGUCAUAAUGAGGUCAUUGGUGUGUGUCGAGUCGGCAAUGAUGCAGACAGCCUCGGUCGAGAACACUGGAGUGAAAUGCUCACAUGUCCACGGAAACCUGUCGCCCACUGGCAUCCUCUUGUUGAGUACCAGGGGACUACAAGUAGUAGCCAAGGAGGAUCUUGUAAUUCCCUAAAAGCUCCUCCUUCUCCGUAGCCUUUAGCAAAAAUUUAAAUGAAACUACUGAUCAACCUGAAGCUCCUGCUGAGUGCUGCUGAAUGUUGUUCAAAAAUGGUUUUAAUAAAAUUGAUGCAGGCAUUCAGUAACAACUAUAGAAAGGAGAGAUGCACACUGUCUUAUGUUGCAUGUAGAAUGAUUGCAAGAAUGGAUGUUUUGUUUUUUAUGAUGUUUCAUUAGAAAAACAGGUGUAUGCAGACAUUUUAAGUCUGUGCAAUUCCUGCGUUUAUACAGACUAUACUGUUAUUUAUUUUUACAUAGUCUUGGUACUUGUUUUAAUAAAGUGAGUCUGUACCUGCAAGAUGUACUUAAAACCAUUUGAACUGCCAUGCCAUUUCUUUGGUUCCAUUUGGUGUUGACUUGGUGCAUGAGGUCAUGGUUUGGUGGAAAAUCUUCUCCUAGUUUGUUUGCUUCUGUUCCUAUUUUUACAAUGCAGUGUGUUGCUUUGUCUGUUGAUGUGAAGUAACGGUUAAUUUACAUACAGCGUAUAUGUGAGAAAAACUAUGUUGAAUGUUGGAAUAAAUAGUGUCGAAUAAAAGUAAUUGGAGCCUUU